AUGGCAUUUGUCAAUCAACAACAACAACAACGUCAAGGAGGCUUCAAAAGAAAAAGAAACAAUAAUGCAGAGGCUCCUGAGAGCUCGAGUAAAAUAAAAAAGAGAAUAAGAGACAUUAACCGUACACUGAAUAAAAAGAACAAGGACACUCUUUCAGCACAAGCUAUUAUAGAAUUAAAGAGAAAGUUACGUACACUUCAAUAUGAAUUAGGUGAAAGAGUGAUUGAUGAUAAAGAGCAAAAAAUGGCAACCAAAUAUCACGCUGUCAAACACUUUGAGCGUAAAAAGACAGAAAGAAAGAUCAAUCAAAUAGAAAAGCAGCUUAAGGAAGAAAGUGAUUCAGAAAAGAAAAAAGAGCUUCAAGUAAAACUUGAGGAAUUCAAAUUGAAUAUGUUGUAUAUUAGAAAUUAUCCCAAGACUGUUCCUUAUGUAUCUCUUUACCCUAAAGGCAAUGAAAAUGACGAGAAAUCAGUUGCUAGAAAGCAAAGAAUAUUACAAGAGAUUAAAACUGCUUUGGAAAAAGGAGAUAAAAGUCUACGAGAGUUCACAAAAUCUUAUCGUGACAAGUAUAGAGAAAAGCUUAUUAAACAAGGUAUUAUCAUAAUUGAGCCUCUUGCUGAAGAUGAAGAACAACAACAAGAAGAAAAGGAAGAUGAGGAUGACUUUUUUGAAAAAUAA